AUGCUAUUACGAGAGCUUGAGAGAGGAGUUGAUAUUCUUGUGGCAACACCAGGAAGAUUGGUCGACUUGCUUGAGAGGGCAAAAGUUUCAUUGCAGAUGAUUAAAUACUUGGCUCUUGAUGAGGCAGAUAGAAUGCUGGAUAUGGGAUUUGAACCCCAAAUUAGAAAGAUAGUUGAACAAAUGGACAUGCCUCCGCGAGGUGAAAGGCAGACCAUGCUGUUCAGUGCCACCUUUCCAAAAGAGAUCCAGGUUUGGCAAUCAUUUAAUUGCAAUCUUGAAUGGCGAAAAUUUUUCCGUCUCUAGCUAAAGCAUAUAUUUGUACUUUUUGAGGUCAUUUAUAUUAUCGUCUUUUGAAUUUUCUCCUUAUCUAAUACCAACGUAUAUAUGUACAAUAUGAGGUGAUAUUACUUUCCCCAAAAAAUAUGAGGUGCUAUUUAUAUUUUGGGUGGUGUGGUUGGAAAGGAACAAUAGAAUCGAAAGAAGAAUAUGCGGAACUCCUUUGGGAUAAAAUAAAAUUUUUGGAUUUCCUUUGGGCAUUGACCGGUAAAGAGUAUAAGAUAUCCCAUUUUUCUAUUACGCUUGAUUGGAUUACAGAAUGUAACUAGAGGAACACCCCUUUUUGCUCUAUAGGGAUGUAAUAUUUUAUUCUUCUAUUUUUCCCUUUGGAUGGCCUUCUUGUCCACUGUAUUGUACUUUUUUUUGUUUUUAACUAAAAAUUUUGUUUCUUAUUAAAAAAAGAAAAUAGUACCAUCUUUUAUGAGUUUCAUGGGGUUCCAAACAAGGGUAGGCUAGUGUCAUGAGGUUCCUGCCACUGGGGUGUUUGGGGAGAGUCAGAUGUACACAGUUUUAGUCUUGCAUGCGAAAAGGAGGUUUUUGUGAUGCAAGCCUUUGACGGUUAAGUUCACAGUGGAGCAUCCCUACUGUUAUGCUAAGACCCAUCCUUUAAAUAUUGGGGGUUCAAUGCCCUUUUUUCAUAGAAGGUUUAAAUUUUUUGAGAAUUGUGAUAAUAUUGUUCCUGCUUGUGUAAUUGUGUUUAUGGCAAUGGUGGAAGUGGUGUCAAUAAUUUUGAAAGCCACUUGAACUGUUAAUACUAUUUAUUAAUCACGGGAAGAGAAUCUUGUUGAUUGAGAGUGGUUUUCUUCAACAUUUAUGAAGCAAAACAUUUGUUCCUAUAUAUAGUGAUUGGGCAUGAUAUUGCUGGUAAAUUAUUACACACAACUUAUCGGAAAAAAUGAUUUGCAUAUUAUUAUGUUUGCUGGUGCGGCAGCAUGGAGUAAGUUUAACAUGAGUGUCGCUGAAGAUUGAUAUCAUGCUUUUCAAUUUAAUCCUUUUGAUGAUUUUUCCAAUUUCUUCGUGGAAUGCAGAGACUAGCAUCUGAUUUUCUUUCAAAUUACAUAUUUUUGACUGUUGGACGGGUUGGUUCGAGUACUGAUUUGAUUGUUCAAAGAGUUGAAUUUGUGCAUGAGAGUGACAAGAGAAGCCACCUUAUGGACCUUCUUCAUGCACAGAUGGCAA